UUCUUGGAGAAAUUCGAAAAUAACACAAAUAUCGAGGAGGAUCAUUCAUUUGUGGCACGGAACAAACGCCGGAAGGAGGAGGAGGAGGAGAGACGGAGAAGAGGGCGAUCGGAGCAGCACUUGUUCUUUGCUUGCUGAUGUUGUCGCCAUAUCGAUCGGGGUUCCUCCUUCAAGUUUGUGGUGCAUAUGGCACGUAUAUAUCAGAAUGAGGCUGGCCCUUCAACAAAUAUAUUAAGCAGUUACGAGAAUGACACUAAGGAUGAUAGGACGAUUGCACUCAUUCUCUCAGAAGAAUACGCCAACUUAGACAAUGCCAUUGCUAGACGCCUUUCCAAUUUGUCUUCAGUGCCUCACGUACCACGAGUAAACUCAUUCUUCCCAAGCUUUAGUGAUGCCAGUCUAGAUCACCAACGACUUUUUCAGAGAUUAAAUGCUUAUGGCCUAUAUGAAGUUAAGGUCUCCGGGGAUGGCAAUUGUCAGUUUCGUGCACUCUCAGAUCAGCUAUACAGGUCUGCAGAAUAUCACAAGCAUGUUCGUAAAGAGAUAGUGAAGCAGCUUAAGGAGUUCCGCUCAUACUAUGAAGGAUAUGUACCCAUGAAGUACAAGCGUUAUUAUAAGAAAAUGGCCAAAUUCGGUGAAUGGGGAGAUCAUGUUACCUUACAAGCUGCAGCUGAUAAGUUUCAAGCAAAAAUAUGCCUUCUAACUUCAUUUAGAGAUACAUCUUUUAUUGAGAUCAUGCCACAAAAUCAGGCACCUCAAAGAGAGCUAUGGCUGAGUUUCUGGUCCGAGGUGCACUAUAAUUCCAUCUACGAACUACGAGAUCUUCGUAUGCAACCCAAGCCUAGAAAGAAGUAUUGGCUAUUCUAAUGUCUUCUUAUAUGUUGGGAAUGACAGAGAACCAUUUGGAUGGCUAUGUACAUUAAAAAAAAACAUCACUGAUUUUGAUUUUUCAUAUAAUUUGCUUCUCGUUUUAUUAUUUAUGCACAGAUUGCAUUUUUUACUUGUACUAUGACACUGGUACUGUUAAUGCCAUUCUUUGUAUUCUUUAUAACUAUCGA